GCAGCAUUCGAAUCGGAGCAGGAGGCGGCGCCUUGACUUCGAUACAUAAUUGCUUUGUCAGAGCCGGAUUCCGUUUUCUAUGGAUGGUCAGGAAAAUGCAGAAACGGGAUUUCGGAACUCAGGCGACAGGGGUCACGGGAGACAAUAAUGAUAACACUGCAGAGAGACAGCCACAGAGAACGUCAGAGGAGAAAUCUCAGCAGACAGGCAGCUAUCAUGGUCGGGACUUUCGUAUUCAAUCUGAGAACAGCAGCAUCGGAUCGGAUGAGGAUAAAUCGAAGCCGUCCACCGUGGAAAUCGAUACGUACAUCGACUUUGAUGACCUUUUGCCGGAAAUUGGCGAAUUCGGGUGCUACCAGAAGAUAUUGUUCCUGUUAAUGAUACCGUUUUGCUUCAUCUCCGCCUAUGUGUACCUCAGCCAGAUCUUUAUGACGCUGACGCCCGAGAAAUACUAUUGCUUUGUGCAUGAUCUGACUCUGAUUGAGAGCGAGCAGGAGCGCAAGGAGCUGUCCAUACCCAAGCUGAAGGACGGCAGCUACAGUCGCUGCGAAAUGUACGACACCAACUAUACGGCCAUCUACAAGGCCAAGAAUCGCACCCAAUUCAUGAAUAGCUCCCUGCCCAGAAUACCCUGCCGGGAGGGCUAUGUCUUCAGCAACAGCGAGGCAUUCUUCACGGCCAACAUCGAGUUUGGCUGGGUGUGCGACAAUGACUUCUAUGCCACCUAUGCCCAAAUGAUCUUCUUCCUCGGCUCGGUGCUGGGCUGCCUGGGCUACGGACACUUUGCGGAUCACUGCGGACGCCUGGCUGCGCUGGUGAGCAGCUGCUCUCUGGCAUUCUUCGGCAGCCUCUUCACGGGCAUGACCAAGAACUUUUGGAGCUUUGUGGUCACACGGCUGAUUGUGGGCGCCGCCUACGACACCUGCUUCACCAUGAUCUAUAUACUGAUGCUGGAAUAUGUGGGUCCCAAGUAUCGCACCUUUGUGGCCAAUAUGUCACUGGCCAUGUUCUACUCGCCGUUCACCAUGCUCAUACCCUGGAUAGCCAUAUAUCUGCAAAGCUGGCGCUCGUUUGCUCUGUAUGGCUGCAUUCCGCUGGCCUUUGGAUUCGUUUCGUUCUGCUGCCUGCCCGAGUCGGCGCGCUGGCUGGUGUCGCGGGGCAAGAUCGACGAUGCCAUCGAUAUACUCAAGCGUGUGGCAGCGAGGAACAAGCGCGUCGUGCCCCCCGUCUACUGGAAGCGAUUCCGCGAGAGCUGCGAACUGUUCUACAAGGAGGAGUUCGAGGGCCGUAACUUCACGGUCUUCUCGAUCUUCAAGCGUCCGCGGCUGGCGCGCUACAUGGUGUUCAUGUGCCUGAUCUGGAUGAUCAUGUCACUGCUGUACGAUGGCCAUGUUCGAGCCGCCUCGGUGCUGGACAAGGAGAACGUGGCCGUGGUAUUUACCAUAGCCUGCGCCACUGAGCUGCCGGGCGACCUGCUCGUCAUCGUUACGCUGGAUCGCUUCGGGCGUCGCUGGUGCGCUUUCACCUUCACCACGCUGAGCGGGCUGUUCAGCCUGGUGGGCGCUAAUCUUUCCAAUCCCACUCACACUCUGGUCGCCGCCCUGGCGGGUCGCUUCUUUGCCAAUGUCUGCUACAACAUCGGCCUGCAGUGGGCCGCCGAGGUGCUGCCGACGGUGGUGCGGGCACAGGGUAUAUCGCUAAUCCAUACCCUCGGAUUUGCUGCCAUGCUGCUGUCCCCGCCGGUUAUCUAUCUGUCCCACCUCUCGCUCUCCCUCAUGCUGAACACCCUGGGCGGCUUGGGCAUUGUGGGUGGCAUCAUCUGCCUAUUCCUGCCAGAGACUCUGUACGAGGAUCUGCCCCAGACGCUCAGCGAUGGCAAUAACUUUGGCAAGGAUCAGCGCAUGUGGCAUCAGCCGUGCUGCGGUCAAGGCAGGCGUCGCAUAGCCCACACCAAGCACACCUGGCACGAGGGCUCCAGCCUGCGCACUCUGUCCCGCGACGAGUUCCGAUCCAAGAAACUGCAUCGCGUGGCCGUCGUCAAGUCCCGCGCUUCCAGGCAAUUCGCUCCCAGCUUUGUGUCAGUGGCCCGGGGCCCAUCACUGCUCAGUCAAGGCACAGAGAUUUUGCAACGGGUACAGAAUCUAAGGCAGGACUCCACCCACCAGAAACCCAAGUAGUCUUGCAGAGUUUGU